GUUUCAAUAAACAUGUGUUAAGCGGAUCUGUCCAGGAAAGGGAGUCAUCGACCCUAGGCGCCACCAUUCCUUUUGGGACAGCUGCUGCGAAAGAGCAUUCAUACUGUGACUCAGGGUAAACAAGUCGCCCUCCACUCGGCCUCAGUUGUCUCCUGAAUGACCCGUCUGGCCCCCUCCAGCCCCAGCACUCUAUGAUUCUAGGAAUUCUGUCCUUUCAUGUCGAAAACAACACUGGUAUUUCACAAAAGCACCCAGCCCCCUGGCUACCCUUGGAAGCACAGCCCGCUUCCCUGGAACCCGGGCUGCACUGAGCUGGUCACAUGAACUCCGGGCUUUCUGUGGUGUGACGGGUUUCUUAGAUCCCUUUGUGAGCGCAGGUUUUGAAAGGGAACGACCCCGGGUUCUGGGUGUGAGAGGCGCAGGGGAUCCGGCGGGAGGAACGCUGUCGGAGCCAAUCAACCCGCCUCCAGACCCCAGCACGUCGCCUGGGCUGCGCGCUCCGGUUUCUCCCCCGCCCGCCCGCCUCCCGGCCUCGCCCGAGGGUGCCCGGGCAGGCGAGGACCCCAGGUCCAGCAGCUGGACAUGGAGAGCCAACGCUCAUCACCUCUGUCGUUCCCCAACGUUCCGCAAGAAGAAACCUUACGUCAGACUCCUGCUGGACUCACCCGAGAAACCCUGUUCCAAUCCCGCAUUCUCCCCCCCAAAGAAAUUCCUUCUUCAUCUCCCACUGUUCCCCGACAAGGCUCCCUGCCCCAAACUUCCAGUGCUCCCAAGCAAGAGACUUCUGGCCGAAUGCCGCAUGUUCCCCAGAAGGGACCCUCACUCCUGUAUCCUGCCGCCUCUGAGCAAGAGACUCCUCUCCAGGGCCCCCUGGCUUCCCAGGAUGGGACCCAGCAUCUACCCCCAGCUGCUGCUGAACAGGAAAUUUCCCUUCUCUCCCACUCCACUCACCAUCAAGAAGCCCCACUCCACUCCCCUGAAGUUCCUGAGAAAGACCCCCUGACCCUUUCCCCAACAGUUCCUGAGACUGACAUGGACCCCUUGCUCCAGAGCCCAGUCUCCCAAAAGGACACCCCCUUUCAGGUCUCUUCCACAGCCCAGAAGGAACAGCCACUCCCCACUGCAGAGAUCACCCGCUUGGCCGUGUGGGCUGCCGUCCAAGCGGUAGAGAGAAAACUGGAGGCCCAGGCCAUGAGGCUACUGACCCUGGAGGGCAGGACAGGGACAAAUGAAAAGAAGAUAGCUGACUGUGAGAAGACAGCCGUGGAGUUUGCAAACCACCUGGAGAGCAAGUGGGUUGUGCUGGGAACCCUGCUGCAGGAGUACGGGCUGCUGCAGAGACGGCUGGAGAACAUGGAGAACCUACUAAAAAAUAGAAACUUCUGGAUUCUACGGCUGCCCCCAGGCAACAAUGGAGAAGUUCCCAAGGUCCCCGUCACAUUUGAUGACGUCGCCGUCCACUUUUCGGAACAGGAGUGGGGAAACCUGUCUGAGUGGCAGAAGGAGCUCUACAAGAACGUGAUGAGGGGCAACUAUGAGUCUCUGGUUUCCAUGGACUAUGCAAUUUCCAAACCAGACCUCAUGUCACAGAUGGAGCGCGGGGAGAGGCCAACCAUGCAGGAGCAGGAAGACUCUGAAGAGGGAGAGACGCCUACAGAUCCCAGUGCUGCGCACGACGGGAUCGUGAUUAAGAUUGAGGUACAGACCAACGAUGAAGGCUCAGAAAGUUUGGAGACACCCGAGCCCCUGAUGGGACAAGUGGAAGAACAUGGCUUUCAGGACUCAGAGUUGGGCGACCCCUGUGGAGAACAGCCAGACCUGGACAUGCAGGAACAGGAGAACACACUGGAGGAGUCCACUGAAGGCUCCAGCGAGUUCAGUGAGCUCAAGCAGAUGCUGGUGCAGCAGAGAAACUGCACAGAAGGGAUCGUAAUAAAGACAGAGGAGCAAGAUGAGGAGGAAGAAGACGAGGAGGAGGAUGAGCUGCCACAGCACUUGCAGUCCCUCGGGCAGCUGUCCGGGAGAUAUGAGGCCAGUAUGUACCAGACCCCGCUGCCGGGGGAGAUGUCUCCCGAAGGCGAGGAGAGCCCCCCACCCCUGCAGCUGGGGAAUCCAGCGGUGAAGCGGCUGGCGCCCUCCGCGCACGCGCACGCACACGCGCACGCGCACGCGCACGCGCACGGCGAGCGGCACCUGAGCGAGAACCGCGGGUCCUCCAGCCAGCAGCAGCGGAACCGGCGCGGCGAGCGGCCCUUUACCUGCAUGGAGUGUGGCAAGAGCUUCCGGCUGAAAAUCAACCUCAUCAUCCACCAGCGCAACCACAUCAAGGAGGGCCCGUACGAGUGCGCUGAGUGCGAGAUCAGCUUCCGGCACAAGCAGCAGCUCACGCUGCACCAGCGCAUCCACCGCGUGCGGGGCGGCUAUGCCUCGCCCGAGCGUGGGUCCGCCUUCAACCCCAAGCACGCGCUCAAGCCGCGCCCCAAGUCGCCCAGUUCCGGCAGCGGCGGCGGCCCCAAGCCCUACAAGUGCCCCGAGUGCGACAGCAGCUUCAGCCACAAGUCCAGCCUGACGAAGCACCAGAUCACGCACACCGGCGAGCGGCCCUACACGUGCCCCGAGUGCAAGAAGAGCUUCCGCCUGCACAUCAGCCUGGUGAUCCACCAGCGCGUGCACGCAGGCAAGCACGAGGUCUCCUUCAUCUGCAGCCUGUGCGGCAAGAGCUUCAGCCGCCCGUCGCACCUGCUGCGCCACCAGCGGACUCACACGGGCGAACGGCCCUUCAAGUGCCCGGAGUGUGAGAAGAGCUUCAGCGAGAAGUCCAAGCUCACCAACCACUGCCGCGUGCACUCGCGCGAGCGGCCGCACGCCUGCCCCGAGUGCGGCAAGAGCUUCAUCCGCAAGCACCACCUCCUGGAGCACCGGCGCAUCCACACUGGCGAGCGACCCUACCACUGCGCCGAGUGCGGCAAGCGCUUCACGCAGAAGCACCACCUGCUGGAGCACCAGCGCGCUCCCUCCUCCCAAGGACACAGGGGUAAUGAGACCGGGUCGCUUGCUGCCGCGUUUCCCCGGGGCCACGGGGGAGGGCGCGGACCUGGGGAACCCCUUCGGGCUGUUAAUUUCCUUGACAAUAAAAUGGAUGAAACCAAUCAGCACGGGGGGAGUGAUUUGGCCGCCGGCCACUCGGAGGGACGGUUCAGCCAUCUAGUUGGGGAUAGAACUUUAUAA